CCACCCCAUCUAAUUGCAACCAUCUCGUAGGAUAAACAGAUCGACUUACCCUCGUUUAACGUGAGAAGACUUUCGCCUCUGAUUAACAUGUGGUUUCAACAGCUAAAAUUUCUUGGUUACUUAUGGAGAAAACCUAAUGAAUAACGGAUUUUAUUCCUGCAUUGACUUAGCAGUUAGCCAUCCAUUUGUCUACUUGGCUAAAGGCCGAGGGGCCACAACAGUGGUAGAGGGUAUAAAGGAGGGCGACCACUAGAGCCACGGGAAUACUGUAUAUACCUACACGCCACGCACCCAAAACAUUAUGGAUAUGAGGCCUUGUUAUGACAAUGGCGAGAGAAGAGGUAUUAAGACAAAGCCUAGACGUACAAAGGACCAGAGCAAUGCUACAUUUGAAGGCUGUUGCCUGUUUCAAACUUCAGUGAAGGAUUAUAAUAUGAAAGUGUAUGCGAAUCAUUCUAAGGAGAUUUAUCUGUUACCAUCCAAGCACUAGGAACAGCGGACUGGAGGACACGAUGGUAGUGUUCAUGCUACAGGAAGAAGGCAGUAACAGCUUCUGUUAGUCCACGACUUGACCAAGGAAAAUGUUAAUAGUGCUAUUGGAUUUAUUAUUUACAACCGACAAAUGGAAAUAAUUCUAUAGAGGAUAUAUACACGGAUGAUUACUGCUAAAACAACGGGUGUAACUCAUUGAUACCCACGUGGUCACUUUGACUAUAAUAUCACGGGGGUACCGUGUACAUAGCCAGCUACUGAAACAUGUUUCCUCACCCCUACCUGGAGCGGGGAAAGGAGAGGAGGUGAUAGCUGUAUUAUUAAAUUGUUAUAUAUUUCUUAUAGAGAAAUCUUGGUUUUGAAUUCAUCUUUUGAAGCAGCACCAAACUCCAGUCAAUCUGCAGUGUGAAUUUGUUGAGUGAGGGGAUACGACGCUCCCCACCCACAUGGCGAGCUGGAACUGCUGCACGCGCUAUGUCGCGGGUACCAGGGUGUCGCCGUAACAUCGGAGUGUGUAGUGAAUCGUGUUUGUGACAGGAUUACUUCUCGGGUACAGUGGCUGGUCACGGCCUUCAACAUUCACACGGGACCGGGAUGAUGGCGAGUGUGUUGUUACUGCAAACUUUAACCGUUCUGCAUAUCGUCUUACUGUCAUACCGGGUAGGGGCAGAAAGGUUCUUCCAGUAUCGCGAUCAACGGGAUCAGGUCAAUUUCAUACGACUUAGAAAAAAUACCAAUAUGGUGAGGAACGUAUUAGAAGCCGAGAUGCAGUUGGAAAAGUAUGGAUAUUUACGAUGCAAAGUGAGACGAAAACGCCGUUCGUUGGACACAUAUCCAAUGGAGGAUCAAUCCCCUCAACAUUCCCUUCACUCAAUGGUGGAAGAGGAAGUUCCUGAGUGUAGUGACAUAGAGGUACAAAAUGCCAUACGGCAUUAUCAGAAAACAUAUAAAUUACCAGAAACGGGUGUUGUGGACGAAGAGACUCGGCGGCUAAUGAGCACGUCACGUUGUGGUAAUGCGGACAACGAAGAGGAUAAACAAAGGAUGCGAGAACAGGAAGCUGCUGCUGCGGCAGCGGCAGCAGUUGCUGCAGCACAAGCUGCAACAGAAGCAGAAAACCUUCAACAAGUAUUAAAUAGUAAUGACCAUUUUCAAACAAUAGCAAAAGCGAGAAAUAAAGGUAGUCGUCGACCGUGGAAGCGGUCAGCGAAAAAUACAUUGUUACUGAAAGCUUUAACUGGUGAUAUUAAUAAAAGAGUGAUAGGUAGUUCAAGAACUAAGUACAUUCAAGAUUAUAAAACUAAAUUAAAAGAGGAGUAUAAAAAACAACUGCUUGAUCCAAAAAGGCAGAAAAGAGAUACGAGUGUAGUAUCUAUGGUUACGAACGGUACCAUAUGGGACGGACAAAAGUUUACAAAACAUGAUAUCGCUUGGAGAUUACUUGAAACGGGGUUUAGUACAAGAAUUCCUGUGGAAGAACAAAGAGCUAGUCUUAAUUUAGCGUUUAGAAUGUGGAGUGAAGUUAUUCCUAUUCGAUUCGAGGAAACUAAUUCUGGAGACAUAAGGGAUGUGGAUAUAGAAAUCGCGUUUGGAAGAGGUUCACACCAGAAUUGCGGUCGGCGGUUUGACGGUCACGGUGGAGAGAUCGCCCAUUCUGUGAUUGGGGGAAAUGUCCAUUUUGACGACGAAGAGGAUUACAAGUCGAUAGAGUCUAUCAACAUGGAGAAGGAUGGCAUCUAUCUUCUCCGGGUGGCCGUGCACGAAAUCGGUCACGUGCUCGGUCUAACCCAUACGGACAAGCCCUAUUCUAUCAUGUACGCAAUCUACCAGACAGUGUCUACAGAUAAGGAGUUCGAGCUAGGUUGGGAGGACAGAAAACAGAUUCAGGCAUUAUACGGUGUCUGCAAGGGCCGGUUUAGUGCGGUGUUCGACUGGGUACGGAAACGACCUGACAACCAGUUCAUCUUCAACACAUACUUUUUCCGUGAAAACCACUACUGGAUGUACGAGAAUCAUGCCAACCGCACGCGCUACGGCGACCCCCUGUACAUUGCACGUGAGUGGAAGGGUGUGCCCAAUGACGUCGACGCCUAUAUCCAUGUCUGGUACUUCUCUGGCAACGUUAUCAUAGACGAUGCGUACUUCUUUAAAGGCGAGGAUUACUACAAGUACAACAGUGAUGGUGAUUUAGUCUAUGCGGGCUGGCCGCGACGAAUUCGGGAUGACUUUGGCCCAAAACCAGGAGAGGAGGGUGCUGAAGGCGUUCCAGAUCAUUUGGAUUCAGUUUUCUUCGAUAUGAGGGAUAGGAAUAUCUAUUUCUUCAAAGGCGAAUGGGUUUACGUGUUCGAUCCGAAGGAACCUGAGGAGACCCGAGGAUGUUGCAUCCGGAAGCGGAAGUUUGUAGAAGAAUUCCCGACCGUGGAGGGAGACGAACCCCUGAUUGGAAAUGUUGACGCUGUUUAUUAUUCUUACAAAAACAAAACGGUUUAUUUUAUCAAGGAUGAACAUGUUUGGCAAAAUUAUCUUUUUCAUCCCCGGCAAAAGAAGCAGAUUAGGAACGCUGUAAAAUAUGUAGGCAAAUGGUAUGAGAUUUGGUUCGACAUUUGUGAUGUACGUAAAAUGCACGACGAACCGUUUCUUAUUCAGAGUGACAUUGUACCCUUACCGGAACCUGAUGACCCCGAACCUGGAACGUGAUUAAAACUUGUCAACCAUCGGAGACAUUACGAAAAACAAACAUAAUAUGGGAGCAAAUCAUGAUCAAAAUUAAGUGUUCAAUAACAAAACUACUGAAGCGCAAGCCGGUCACGUGAUGUAUGCGGCAGGAAUUGGUACACCGGUGGUGACUCGUGGGAGCUAACUUUAUAUCUAGUACUUCUCUCAUAAGAAUGCAUAUUUACUUACUAAAACUAUUACUGUAUUGCUGUUAUACAAUAUCUACAAUACGACAUCCGGUUAACACUGACACAAUGCGGACACCUGUCAUUUCCCAUACACGAAUAUAAUAUGGAUAUUUGCAAAAUGUACCAGUUCGGUUCUCGGAUGACGUCAUCAUUGAUGUGAUGUCAUCACGUUAAUAGUGUGUUUGUUGACUGAUCUAACACAAAAACUUACCGACAGAUAGAAUCGAUCUUAAAAUGGAUACAGUUUUUCCAAUGUGUCAAGGAUAUCUAUUUAAUGUAACAUAAGUACAUUCCCUGUUCACCGAGGUGAUGUAAACCUUCCUUCAUUGACUUAAAACGUGUGAAAGAAGACCACCAUCACUGUUUACUGUAAUCAUGUGCAAACUGUCUCACUGACUGCUAUACGCUGUACAUACCCCGAACUUAUAAACAGCUUGGAUAGGACCUCGCCGUGGUGAGUGAUGAACACUGAAAUCCGGUGGCUCUUGUUAGCUAGGUUGUGCCAUACCUUCCAUUAUUCGGGCUAUAUCUGACAAUUUCACUGCAUUUGGGGUAUCUGUUAUUUGUUUCCAGGAUGUCGUCGCUGCACAUGCGCACUCCAGUGUAGUAAUUAUGACAGGAAGUGAUGAGUUAUUGUGGUACGGAGAUAUGCGUGUGAGCCACGCAUUGUUAAAAGACACCUCGACAUGUACAUAUACAUAUAUAUAUUUAUAUCUAUGGUUCAUUUUGAAGUCAUUCGAUGCUGUGAUAAUGCUAUUUUGUACAAAUAGUAGGAUAGUUAUUUAUUGAUUCAAACAGAUGUCCAAGGAAGUACAAUCUACUCGCAAUAUAUAACUUGUUUGCUAUUCUUCAAGUCUAUUUAAUUUCAUUGAUACUAACGAUCAGUUCUUUUGUGUCGCACUUUUUCCCAUAUCCCUAAAGAAUUUAUUUAUUUGAUCAAAUAUUAAUAAUUGACCACACUUUUAUAAAACCACCUAUGUAUAGGAAAACAUUAGUCAAAUAAGUACCGUUCACACUUUUUGUAUGAUUUUUAAAUUUAGUUAUAAAUUAAGAAUAUAAAAUAAAUAUAAUACAACUUCAAGGCAAUUAAACGUUUUGGUAUAAUGUACUGAAAAAUAUUUUGUAUUACUUGUUUGAACUGGUAUGUAAGUCUUUGGGCUUUACUUUAUAACGUGUGUAAGUGCAGGAUAAUGAAUUGUCACGUUAAUUGGAUUUAUCAGAGGUACCAUUCUGUCUCAAGUCAAAACAAUGUCAUUUUAACGCACUCUUUCACGUGAUUAUCAUAUCGGGCGAAUAGGUGUGUACAUCGUCAUGAAUCACAAAAAGGUGAAACGUCAUCGUAUGCUGUGCAUAUAAACACACAGCACAGUAUUUUGUAUGUAACUAAGAUAUGAUAAACUGUAUACAUUUUAAUACAUAACGGUAGAUUUUGUACAAUGUCAGAUGUCAGAAUUUAUUGUGUCCCCAAAACAUCACACAUUUUAACAUAGGAUAUGUGCAAUACAGAACGGUACAACAUCCUAUACCUAAGGGUACAAUGUAUUUAUACCAUGGUCAUUUUUAUCAUUAUAUAGAAAUCAUUGUGACAUGCUGUAUUGUAUUGCGAUGUGAUGUAUUGCAGUGUGUAGUGUAUUAUAAACACAUUACACCACACCCGUUACACUGGUGUCGUUGUUAAUCUGUUACAAAAUCAUGCUGUUUGUAUGUCAAUUUAAUUAAUGCAUUAACUCAUCGUCAUUAUCAUUCUCGUCGCCACUAUUGUGUUUUCAUCGUCACUCAUUGCCUGUAUUAAGUCAUGUUCUGGACUGAGAGAUGUCAAGAUUCCAGACAUAACGUUAUGUUUUGAGAUUUUAAUUUGGUUAUGUGUAUAUUUUUACGUAUUUUAUUUAUACCACUCAUUUAUCAACAGUUAAAUGUCAAAAACUGUUGACAUUGUCGUCUGUUUUCAUCAAAGCCAUCGUCGUCGUUGUCAUUUUUUUUAUUGUUAAUUAUCGAGACAUAAAUCCAUACUCAUAUGUUCAUUGCAUCUUGCACUGGUUAAAGAGAAUGUCGUCGACAUGAGCCUCGCUCUGAUGCCCGUUACCAAGGUGUGUCACUUGGUUAUCAUCGUAUCUAUGAUGGUUUCACUGGCACGUGUCGCCAGAUCGUCACGUGCACUAAGUGGUUCAGCUUUGGAGUCAGUGGUGAAAACAACAACAAAUAAAAACUGAACUCAGAA